ACAACAUAAUAAACUCUAAUCUCAGCCCGACAAGGUAACUUUCGACAAGCUUUUGCAAAACUUCUCCCCUCGUGCCCACGCUCACUUUCGGACAGCGUAUAUCUCUACCGCAUCCAAUACCAGGGACUAGGAGAACACAGGGACGACCAGCACAUGCCUGGAUCACAUGCAGACAAUCAGCACUUUGCUUAGGUAGCGGCGGCAGCGGCGGCGGCAGAGGGGGAAGGAGUCGCUCUGAGCUGCAGCACUGACUAUGGAGCCACUGGAGGAAUACCACUCUCCGUUUGACUUUGAACAAGGAGUCAAUGCCAGCUACCUCUACCUCUCCCCAGCCUACAGCGACACGCCACCCAGCUCGCCCGCCGGCAGAGCCAGAGGCACUCAGGAGCAUUCGGACUCAGUCCCAGAGGUGGGAGAAGAUGCGAUGGCGUCCGUCGGUCCCCCGCCGUCUGCCCCCGCCAUGACGGAGGAGGAGCGUCAGGAGCUGCAGCAGGAGCUGGCCAAGGUUGAAGAUGAGAUCCAGACUCUGUCCCAGGUGCUGGCAGCCAAGGAGAAGCAGUUGGCGGAGAUCAAGAGGAAGCUGGGCAUCACUCCUCUCAAUGAGCUGAAGCAGAACAUCACCAAGACCUGGCAGGAGGUCACCACCUCCACUGCCUACAGGAGGACUUCUGAAACUCUGUCUCAGGCGGGUCUAAAGGCCACGGCAGCCUUCACCAAUAUGGGCUCAGCCAUCAGCCGAAAAUUCGAAGAUGUCAGGAACGCACCAACUUUCAAGUCCUUUGAGGAGAGAGUCGAGACGCUGAAGACCAAGAUGUCUCCCUCAGCAUCCAGCUCUGACCCUGCCAACCAGGACGACGGCCCCCCUCCCACCAGCGACCCCCUGCUCCCUCAGCCACAGGACUCGCCCACCAAGGACUUGCCAAUGCACUGAGGGCGGCCUGACCCCCCCCCCCCCCCCCCCCCAACCUCCCUCCGACCCCUUCGUCCCUCCUCACUUGACCCUCUAACCCCUCCCGGGCCCUCGCCGCUCACCUCCUUAACUCCCGUGUGCCAGUCGCUCUUUAUUGCAAACAAAUGACUCACCAUCGGCCUCCCUGUGAUCUAAUUGUCUGCUCCGGUCUCCUGACGCGCUCUCACUCCCUAACCAGUGUGGAAACUCGACUCAUGCAGACAGGAGGGCCUUCUGUGCCCUUCGUGGAUGUUUUUUUUUUUGUUGUUUUUUUUUUUAGCGUGUUUGGGCUCCGGAUGGGAGAAAUGCUUUCCUCUCCUCCCUCUCUUCUCCCUCUCUGCCUUUAUUAAACCAGCACAAGCCCAGAUGCCAAAACACGCUCCAAUUAAUUGUUUAUGGAAUUCAUGCUUCAAUGUUUAUCUGAGUGGAGAAAAGAAAAAAAAAAAAAAGAAUUUACACUUUCUAUGUGAGCCAGACGGAUGUUGUCUUGCAUGAAACUUGUAUCAUAUGUUGUUAUAAUAAGCACUUGCUUGGUGUGCCUCCUUUUUUGCCCUACUCUUGGUUAACUGUUGGCUUCCUCCUUCUUGUUUUCCUCACUGUUUCCAGUAAUUUCAGUCCAUAACACUGUUCGGAGUUUGAAUGUACGCCUUUUUGUGCCAUGAAGGUACGCCACGUGGUAUCGGUAGAACAAUGAACUCACAAUCUUGAAUUUCAUAAUAGAGUGUGCCCUCUCAGAAAGUGAUCUCAGCGCUCAGCUAGCUGCAGGAAAACAGCCAAGACCAGCAGAACGGAGGCAGGGCCAACAUGGCGUCGGGGCUCGGCCUUGACCCGGGCCCAGAGUGAAAUACAUGUGUCUCUUCCAGAGCCAGAGUCAAUAUUUAAACACUCGGCCAUUGUUUCUGCGAGGGAGGCAACGCCGUGCCUGCCCACCCCGUGAGGAACACGGGGGGGAAGAAAGAGGAGAAAAGAGGCGUAGCGGGGUCGUUCUUCACCGGGUGUCGCUUUAGUCAACUGAUACGGGAUGACAGUGGAACCGAGGAGGUUCACACACAACUUUAUUUACAGCAUGAAGGCGUUUAUUUCUGUCUUCUUCAAGCUGUGAAAGUUUCGUUGAACCGUUAAAUUGUGAGAUGCACAGUAGUGUAACUUCAGAAGCGGAGUGUUGACGUCACCUAUCAAACAUUCACAGCUGAACCUUCCUUUCUCCCCGUUUCUCUCUGAACCUGUUCUUCAUCAGGUCCAGAUGGAAAUCCAACCCAAAAGCUGGAUUUUCUUUCUGUUUCGAAGACAUUCGAGAGCAGAUUUAUUUCCAUGCUGAGGGUCAAAUCCUCGGUGUCUCAUCAAACUCGUCCUGUUUGUAAAACACGUUAGGGCCGAGUUGGAUCAAGCGUAGGUUAAAUGGUUCUGAUGGAGGUUAGAUUUACCUCCGAGUGCAAACGGAGGCAGUCUGAACACACAGUCAAGGUUUCCUCUGGCACAAACUCACACAGUGAGCUAUGUGAAGGACACAUGGGGGUAACGCAGAUUUGGCUGCAGAGUCCUGGUACUGCUUCUUCCCUGCUGCUAGACGAGCACAGACACACGCACACACACACACACACACACCCGGGUGAAUCAUCUCAGUCGCCACACAGACGGCGGAUCAGCAGCACUCCUGAAUGUUGUCUUGUUUUGCAUGUUUUUGUCUGUUUUUCAACAUGAAUAAAGUCUCAUCUCCUCAUGUAA